AUGCCAUCGUCUCCCAACUCUCCGGGCCGCACUCGCCGAAAUCCCUCACGUCUCGAUCUCUCCUCCGCCUCUCCAAGUGCGUUGACGAGGAAUGAAUUCGGCCAGAGCCCUCCUUAUUCGCCGCUGACCCCGCGCACCUCCGUUCCACAGUCACCCAUGUCCCACAGACGCCGAAUCUCGUCCUUGGGAACAUCGGAGAGACUAGAUCGCUUUUCGGGUGAUUUUACUUCAGAUAUGAAUGCAGAUGCACAUGACGGUGAUGCAGGGGGUCUAGGAAGCCUGGCAGAUGAGUUGGCGAAUGCGUGGGACGACGAUGGGUAUGGAUAUGGCUACGGAGAGGACGAUGCGUCUGGAUUGCAAGACGGAGAAGUCAUGGUUUCUUUAGACGGCGUUGAUUCUUCAGCGCCGGGAAACGGGACUUAUAUCGAGUCCAUACACGAUAUGGGAAUAGGCAUGGGCAGUGGAAUGUCGCAUGGCGCCUCAGAUUCGGAACACGAUCAGUUGAUGCCACCCAAGCAGAGGUUAAGGGGCCAAUUGCGGCAUCGGCGGCACGAAUCGUUGUAUGACGGCUCAGAUUAUGGGAAUGACUCUGAUCUUGAGGACGCAGGGGAUAUACCGCCUGGGCUGGAAGCGCGAAUGUCUGGCAUCGAUGACCUGGUAAGGUGGAGCAAGGGAGACGGCAACGAGGUUAUAGACCAAUUUAUCAGCCUUCUACGGGAACUGGGCGGGCAAUCUGGGAUUGAAAAUAGCACCACGAGGCUCAUCACCGCGCACAACUCCCUUGUAUCCCAUCUAUCCCACCAAACUCGCUCUCUCCAGACCCUCACCCACCCGCUCCUCAUUUCUUCUUUCCCAACCCUUUCUCCAGACGCCAUCGAUGACCUAGUCCCUCUAAUCGACUCCAUUCUCCCCAAUCUCCCAUCCCCCAACAACCACCAACGCACCGACUCAAACACUCCCUCCACCCCUGAUCCCCCAACCUCCCACCACUCACGCUCCCACUCCAACGCUACGCCCCUCCUCUCCCUCCAGACCCUUCUCUCCCAAACCUCAGACCUAACCCACACCCUCCGCGCCCUAAACGACACUCUCCACGAAUCCCGCCAACUCACAUCCACCGCUUCCCGACGCCUCAGAGCCGUCCGCGAACUCGUCGUCGAUAUGAGACGCGAAGACGAAGCGCGCGAAGAAGGCAUCCGGUGGAUUGAGAAAGGUGGUUGGGAUGCGAGGCUGGCUCGGAGGGAGGCGGGGACUGUCUGCCAUAGCGUGGUCAGCGGGUUUGAAGCGGUUUGUGGAGAGUGGAGGGACCGGUUGUUUGGUACGGCGGCGGCAGCGGCGACGACGGAGGUUACGGUUACCUGA